AACAAAACGAUUGUCGAUGGUUCUUGUCAGUCUCAUAUCGCUACCGUGGCGCAAGCACGCGAAGAAGUGUUUUUUAAUCCAAAUUUUAAGUCGCGUUUUAAAACGCAUUCGCAUGAAACGGAACGUCUUCGUCAUUCGAAAUUAAAAAAAAGUGUUUUAAAAGUUUUUGUAUUUUUAAAAGUGUUGAUGAUACGAGUACAUAUAAUACUUUGUUUCUAAUUGGAUGUUACAAACAGACAUGCCGUCCUGACGUUUAGAAGCUGCGAGUGAUAUAGCAAACAUACUUACACGACAUGUAAACAAACGUCACAAUGCUCCUAACCAUCUGCAAAUCAUGCCAGUACUGCCUGGAGACGAUGUACUGGAAAUGCUGCGAGGAAAAGUUCUGCUUUGACAAGAAAAUCGCCGCUUACAAACUAGACGAUGACCGUCCGAAUGCAUACUCGAACGGCUACGCAAACAUGGGCGCGAGCCUGGACAGCGUAGUCACAGAGCAGCCCAUCAACAACAACCACCUGCAGCAGAGAGACAUCAUCGGACGACAGCUCAACGAGCUGCCUAUACAUGCUGACAAACUGUAUGAGGUAUUCUCCAAAUCUAUGAUAUUUAGAGACGACCACGAAUUAAAAUCCAAAGGCAGCAACGACUCUCUCGACGAACUUGAAACUAAAUCAGAACCAGACUACUUAGACAGACCAAAUAGAACCAAAGUAUAUUUCGAAGAUGAAGUGGAUUCUCCUGUCACUGACUUUGAAAUUAUGUUCAAAGAUGAACUACUAGCAGGUCACGACAUGUUCAAAAUUGAGGAAGAAGAAGAAAGUGAUAGUAAAAGCCAAGAUACUGAAGAGGGCCUAGUUAUGAAUGUAGAAGUAAAGAAACAAGAUGUAAUAAAACCUACUACAGUGACAGUCAAAGAUGAAUCCAAGAUAACGACUCAGAGUUCCAUUUAUAAGUACGAUCCCGUGUCAGUUGUGGCUUUACCAUCUUCACUGUCUUUACCAAGAGUUGAAAGCGUUAAGGGAAUCCUAAGAUUAAAAGGCGACAGUAUGCCUAGAAGUUUCAGUGCCAGGGCUUUGGAAAGAGUAGACAGUGGCAGUAAAUUAACAAGACCAAGUCUUAAUAGAGUAGAGAGCUUGAAAAAUAUAGACCCUAUGAAAAUGAACAAAGUAUUAUCACGAGUGCCACACAGAAGUGCAUCUUUCUUAAAUAUACCAGAACAUUUAAUACCAGAAAAGCCACCGUUGACAAAGAGUAAGUCUACAAUAGGUGUGACGUCUUUAGACCAAGAAGUUAAACUAGGAAGGUUGCCGGACACGCCAAUAAUAAGGAGUAAUAAUCUGCCGAGAUUCUUCGCCGAUAGUCCUUCACUUCCAGAAUAUAAGGGCGAUACUAGCUUGCAAAGCAUUAAACAGAAAUCUGCACUGAUGCUGCAAGAAGAUUAUAGUAUGCCAAGGUACUACGGUGCAGCAUCACCAAUGGAAAUAGCGCCAGUCCAUGAAAGCAAGUCUAUGCCUGAUUUGAGGAACCCCACUUCUACUGGUAAAGUUAGUAAAAGGUUAGUGAAAUUAAGGAGCAGGUUGAAACCUCUAGUUAUCAGAAAGAAUUCGGAUGAGAAGUUAUAGUUACAAAUAAUUUGAGAAGAGCUACUUCUUAUAUACUUCGCUUUUUAAUUUAUUCUUGGAAGUUGUUCAAUUUGUAAUGUUAUGAAGUUUAGUGAUGAUAUAAUAUAUUUGAUGUUAAACUAGAAGAACGAACAUAAGGAUCAAUUAGUCUAGACAAUAAUAUAAUAUACUGUAACCAAAUUGUGAUGAAUGAGAAUGAUUGUGAUUUCUACAGUAGGAUAGUAUUAAUUUUAAUUUAUGUUGAACCUGCACUGGUGGCCAUUUUCAAUAAUUUGUGCAAUUUUAUUAUUUAUUUAUGUAGGUAUUGGAAAACCAUUUCCCGAUUGUUUGCUAAACAAAAUAUGGAACUGUGUAAAAUUAAAAAUGUAUCUAUAGUAGGAUAAAGUCAAAUGGAGAGAGUUACACCGACAAGUGUCUAACUCUUAAAACGACCACGAUCUAUAGGUAGUUGCUAUAACCCUUUUAAGUUACCUUUAUUUUUGUAAGACUAGCAUUUUGUAAGUACUUACAGUUACUAGUUUUGUCACAAAUAAAUUUCAUAUUUUAUAGAAAAUAUUGAAAAGAACAUUUUAAUUUUAUUAGGAUUACCUUGAUCAGUAUUUAUUGCUCAAAACUUAAGUACCUUGAUAAAUGAAACUGAAAUACUUAAUUUGGUUAUAUGUAACAACAAAUUAUUUUCUUGUAGGUGAUCCGUUUUAUUUUAGUAUAAUUUAUCUACUUUAAUAUUUGGUGCCGAGAUAAUUCGAACAGAGUAUCUAUUUACUUUUUUUAUUAAACAAAUAAUUUAAAUAUCAAAACAAUGGAAGAAUUUUGGAGUUUUUUUAGUUAUUAAUAUUUUUUGAUGAAUAUUGUUAUGUAAAUUACAAAUAAAUAACUUUUUAAAUAAAUAAUUCUACGUAAUGUUCAUGCUCCAUAUAA